ACGUUCGCCACCAUGGCGCGGCGCGCCCACGCCGCCGCCGGCGCCGGCCACCCGCUGCUACGCCUCAACCCGCACCAGUGCGUCCCUUUCCUGGAGGCCCUCUUCGGCAGCCGCCGCGGGGAGGCCCAGCUCGAGGCGCUCCUGUCCCCGCGCCUCAUGGACACGCACAUGCCGCUGGCCAUGAUGCCGGCUGGGGGUGCGGGCCGGUGCAAGGUCGUGUACGUCUGCAGGGAGCCCAAGGACAUGGUCGUCUCGCUGUGGCACUUCCACCGGCGGCUGCAUCCCGAGCUGGUGCUAGCCGACGUCUUCGAGUCCGUGUGCGGCGGCGCGGUGGGGUACGGGCCGGUGUGGGACCACAUCACCGGCUACUGGAGCGCCAGCGCGGCCAGGCCGGACGGCGUGCUCUUCCUGCGGUACGAGGAGCUGCUGCGCGACCCUGCCGAGCACGUCCGGGAGCUGGCGCGGUUCGUGGGUCUGCCGUUCUCCGGCGCGGAGGAGGAUGCCGGCGUCGUCCACGACAUCGUCAACCUCUGCAGCUUCGGGCACCUCAAGACCCUGAAGGCCAACAAGACGGGCCACAUGAAUACCAGACUCCCGAUCCCGCGUGACGCGCUAUUCAGAAAGGGCGUGGCCGACGACUGGGUGAACCACAUAACGCCGGAGAUGGCGCGACGCCUGGACGACAUCGUCGCUGACAAGCUCCAUGCGGCAGGCCUCACCUUCCACCAGUGA